CUUCUUGUUUCUCUAUCCUGUGAUUUUAUUUCCCUUUCUCUUUAAUAUUUUAAUAAAAAUUAUAAUCAUCCAUUAUAAUACACACAUUAUGAUAUAUCAGUUAGAUGCUUUUGUCUCAUCUUGUUUGAUUGUUUUCUCUAAACUCCUAUUGUAGAAUCUCUUCACCCCUUCAUUUUCUGCCCCUAAUUCUCAAAUUUGCACUAAAUAAUGGGCCUUGUUUCAAAACGAAUCCUCUUCUUCUCUCUCUUCUUCUUCUUCCUCUUCUUCUUCUUCUUCAUUAUCCUUGCAGAUAGUGAUUCGAGAAAAACCACACCUUCAAAUAAUGAUUCAUUCUCUUCACCUCCAUUAAUUUUUGAUCAACAAAAUCAAAGAACAAAUUUCUCACCAUUUAGACCAAGUAUUGCCGUGAUAGUUGGCGUUUUAACUACCAUGUUCUCUAUAACCUUCCUCUUACUUCUUUACACUAAACACUGCAAGGGCGGAAACGGCGUCAGAUAUGGUAACCACACAGGCCCAGUCCCGCCAUCAUUAACUGCAAGAAGAAACUCUGGAAUAGACCGGACCGUGAUCGAGUCACUACCAAUAUUCAGAUUUGCCUCCCUCAGAGGUCAAAAAGAUGGGCUAGAAUGCGCCGUUUGUUUAACGAGAUUUGAACUCACUGAAGUUCUGAAACUCCUGCCUAAAUGUAAGCACGCUUUUCAUGUUGAAUGCGUUGACACCUGGCUUGACUCACACUCAACUUGCCCUCUGUGUCGAUACCGAGUUGACCCAGAAGAUAUUCUUCUCAUAGAAGAAAACCAAAUACUACCACCACCGCAAGAAAAUGGAAGAAACAGAAGUGAGUCAGAGCCCGAGUUCAAACGAGUUUCGGGUAGACACUCAUCUGCUGGGGAACGCCAAAUAUGUUUGCCACGUCAUCAAUUUCACGAUACGACGUCGUCGCUUAGGAUGUCCCUGGAUAGCGCCGUAGCCGUUGGACGCUUUGACCGUCCAAGAAAAGACGGUUUGUUAUUAGGCGAUGGAUUGAUGGCGGAUAGGAAAAGUUUUGAACGGAGAUUUGAGCACCGGAUCAGCAUUGUCUCAGGUGGUGGUGGUGGUGGUGGGGGGUUACACCAAAGGUGGAGUGAUGUGCAGCCGUUAGAUCUAUUAUAUCUACGGUCAGAGAAGAUAAUAAAUGACAGCCGUAGAUUAUCUUUGGGAUCAACAUGGCAGUCGAUACGUAGACAGCAGGAGCAUGUGAGCAUUGAUGGUGGAGUUGAGAGUGGCAGUAGUGUAAUAAAUGGGAGAAGCGUGUCUGAAAUCACGGGGUUGAGCAGGUUUUUCAACAGUGAGUGUAAUGGCAUUAACAGGAGUAAUAGACAGCGACAGGCGCAGGCGGGACUUGUCUCGAGAUGGUUGGCUUGGAUUUCUUCUCGGUCACUGACACAGCCAGCUGUACGGUCGGAUCACAGUAGUAGCAUCACCAUAGUGUAGUUAUGAAACGACAAAGA